AUGGAAGGCAUUUCGUCAGUGAAUUCAAGCGAUGGUGUUGAAGACGAUGCAUCCACUCGACCUGGUUCCUCUCGACUAUCGCUCGGCUCCUCUCCCUCUGAACUCAGUGAUGACGAUGGCAAUACUGGAAUGAACGAAGGACCAGACGAUGACUUUGCAUUGGACGACGGCGAAGGAUCUCUCACUCCAACGGAAAAGAUUGUCAUGGACGAGGAUGACAAUGACCAGCUUCCAGUAGCGCAACCACCACCACGACCACCACUAUCACCCUCACAUGAUCGUCAAGCAGCAGUGACAACCGUAACCACGGGAGACGAUAAUGCUGUUUUUGAUGAUGGAUUAUUCGAAGACAGUUCCGAUACGCUAAGCAACGCCCCCAUGGACAUGGAUGAUCGUGAUGAUGAGGAUGACGAAGAAGAGCCGCUAUUAUCUUCAUUGUCGUUGACGGGUGAUAAUGCACCUUUAUCACCUGAUCCUGAACAAGAGCAUGAAUCCAAAGAAGAAGAAGAGGACGAGGAGGACGAGAAUGAGCAACAACAAAAGGGCGAGUUAGAUACCACAGUUGCAAAAGAGGAAAAACAACAACAACAACAAGCCAAUGGCAUUGUCAAUGAGUCACAAGAGGAUAUACAUAUCAAGGAUGAAGAUGGUGAUGGUGAAAAGGCACAAACAAAGAGUACAAUGAGCCCUGUCGAAGAAUCAUCCGCAGCAGCAGCAGCAGCAGCCACUACAUCAUCAUCAUCAACAACAACGGCAGCAGCAGCAGCAGAACCAUCCUCCUCUAAUUCAACCCCGCCAUCACCAGCAUCAAUGUUGCCAGGAGAUAAGAAUGAAAACCAGCAACAAACCAAGAUAUCCGAUAAUGACAAUGACACAUCACCUACACCACAAUCACCAAUGACACCAUCGUCAAGGAAACGGCGUGGAUCUCAAACCUUGGAAGAUGAGGAAUGGCAACAAAGGAGGUCUAGCAAGAUCAUGGAACUCAAAGAGCAACAAAAUGGUUCCGAUCAUGUGCCGGAAGGUUCUCAAUUGCCAUCUUCUAGCGAAGCUGAACCAAAAGAAGAGCCAAAUCAGGAACAAGAGGACAAACCAGAGAAAGAUGAAGAGGAAGAUGGCUGUGAUCAAGAAUACCAGCAAUGGCACAAGGAAGCUUUGGAUGCAUUAACCAAGAUUGAAGUUGAGUUUGCUCGACUAAGAGACAAAAUGUAUCAAGAGAAAAUGUCCGAAUUGAAUGAAGAAGCUCUUAUGAUUGCACAAGGAACACACCCUGAGUUAAUGGCUAUGAUGGAGACCAUUGAGAAGAAAAAGAAUCAAAGGAUACAGACUGCUGAUGCGUGGAGGAAAUACAAGCGUGUUAGCUAUCAACGGCAAUUUGAAGGAUUGGAAUACCAAGCUAAUAUUGACUUUGUGUGUGGAAAGAAUGGUUUACGGAGGAGCAUCUUGGAUACGUUGAAUCGGAAACGAUGGGAUCUUGAUACUGAGAGGGAUAAGCUCAAUGAACCGCUCACAGAUGCUGAUCGCGUUCCUGAUGCAAACGUACUUGUACAUCGUAAACGUGGACAAAGCGAAGAAACAAGGGAUUUACAUCGGAUCACGCACUCUAUCGGCUUUCCAAUGGCACCCAAAGCAGAGGGGCUUGCAAAGGAUUCGGUUGAGGAUGACCUGGUAGCUCUUGGGAUUAUACCUGCCACGACUUCAACCAACCAAGAGAAAAAAUCAUCAACAUUCAACAUGACUCGCGACACAUUAAAAUCUAAAGUGCUGGACACACCGCUCGGGACGAAUGUAAGCCCUAUAUACGCCUAUCAAGGACAUCUACAUUACCAUGGAAAGGUUUUCCGUAAAGGGGAUCAAUUCACUGUGGUGGAUGCAAACGCAGGGCGAUAUAGUGCCAAAUUGUUAACGGCAACGGAUACAGAGGCACACAUCCAGCGGACAGAUGGCUCCAAAACCAAGUUGCCCUUUAUACAAAUGUCACGAGGAAAAUACCAACUGUACGCCAAGCAUUCAUAG